AUGGAGAGCGAGGCGAACGACACCUUCCUGACGUCCUGCGGCGGGAGCGAGCCGCCCUACGCUCAGGAGCUGCUGGGGAGCCUUGACCUUGCUGGUAGAUUUCUCUUGGCAAUCUUGACUCUGAUGACACUAAUUGCCGAUCUGGUAUUUAUGGAAGAAGUGAUCUACAUCUACAGGAAAACCCCCUCCUCCAAAAGAUCCAUUUUAAUUUGGAUAAAUGCUGCAGCUCCAGUGAUUGCUACAACCUCAUGCAUUGGCAUUUGGAUUCCUCGCUCAACAAUGUUUACAGAUUUCACAGCAUCAGUGUUUUUUGCCAUAGUCAUCCACAAGUUCCUGAUGAUGAUGAUAAAAGAGUGUGGGGGUCAAAAGCUGUUCCUGAAACGGUUUGAAAAUGGUCACUUCAAGAUCAGCACGGGGCCCUGCUGUUGCUGCUGCCUGUGCCUGCCCGGUGUGCGCAUCACUAGGCGAUCCCUCUUUUGGCUGAAGGUGGGCACCUUCCAGUUUGCUUUAUUUCGACCUGUUUUCAUGUUUCUGUCAACAGUGCUUUGGACCAAUGACAAUUACAGCCUUUCCAAUUUAUCUCCCAAAGGAGCUGCAAUAUGGAUUAGCUGCUUCGUUGCUAUCCUUACCAUUAUUGCUCUGUGGCCAGUUGCAAUCAUGUUUCAGCAAGUGAGAGUUCUCCUUAACUGUAAGAAGAUCAUCCCAAAGUUUGCUCUUUAUCAGUUUAUCCUCAUUCUGAUCCAGUUGCAGACAGCUACUAUCAGCAUUUUGGCUAUGCAAAGAAUUGUCCCUUGUGUUCCACCACUCUCUUCUUCAGCAAGAGGAGCAUAUAUAAGCCACCAGAUCCUCAUCAUGGAAAUGUUUCUUAUAACUUUAAUGUCAAGACUGGUCUAUCGGAGAAGAUACAAGGAGCUUGACCCUCCAGAAUGUAUCAGUGAAGAAGCUGGGGUCAAGAAGCAGGCUCCUACCAUGAAUGUUGCAGUUAACGAAGAUGGAUCGUAAGGGUUUUAGAGGCUUCCAAUGCUCCUGUUCUGCAGCAGCUGGGAGCUCAGCUUCAGGAGCCUCUUUCACUGUGUAUAGCCACAGUGCAUGUCAGAACAACUUCUGACAGAAAUGCCUGUGAGCUGUGCUGAAAGGACCAACGAGUGGAAAGAUAAGCCUAUUUAUUUUCCAGUGAUAUGUACAUGGUGUGUUUUCAAACCAUGUACUUUUAUCUUGUUCUUCAGCACUUGAUGGCAGUCAAAUGAUCUCAUAAUGUGAUUUUUUUUUUUUUUUUUUUAAAUUAGCUAUUAGAAUCUCUGUGGUUUAAUCUAAAGCUGUUCCUGUUUCAUCUCUUGAUUUCAUUUAGCUCUGUUUCAGGUAGCCUAGAUUGUCCUCAUAUGUCUAAAACAGCAUAUUCCCAUCCUUUCUGCAUUAAAAUUUAUCAGCUCUCAGUGUUACAAGGUCACCAUAGCAAGUCUGAUCAGUAAAUGUUUGUUUUGAAGUCCUCAGACUGGUAUGAGCUCUCCACCUAAAUGAUGAUCUCUUUAGGACGACACUUUUUAUAUUCCCUGGCAUUUCACCCCCUAACCUGGUAAAAACACCGUUGCCAUUUGUAAAUACGUCGUUGGCUGAUGCUCUGUUGCUAGAGAAGGGAGAUUCUCUGUUGCUGGUCUGGAAAAGUAGGAGUCGGCCAUGUGAGGUGUUCUGUCACUGCUCUGUGGUGUUAUGUAAUACUUUGGUUUUCUGAUGUGGAAAAUGGGAAUUAUGAUACUCGAUAUCGUUGCAUUCAAGAUGCCUAUGGGAAUGAGUACUGUUGAAAGGAAUCUCUUUCAAAAACCUACCUCCCCAGCUUCUCCACCUCCAAAUCUGUCCUGUUCAGUGUUUGUACCCAUUUUGCUGAAAACAGUUUUGGUUGCUUGGUUGGUUUGUUUCAAAAGAUCCCAUUGUCCUUCAAUGAGCCUAAUCAUUUUGAUUCAGCUCACUAUAAUUUGUAAUAUGACAGCAAGCUGUUGGAUAUGCUGUGUAUUGGGAAAGGAGGUGCAGAACUAUCACGCUAGUGCUCGUCUCCUCAUCUAGUCUGAUCCCUAAAGUAAAUACUUCAUCCAUAUAGCAGGAAUGUUUAUUCCAUAAGGAGAUGGGGAAAACGCUUUGUGUUGGAAAAGAUGUUAAUAACAUCCU